AUGAUUGAGGUAAAUGAUGAACCAGUUGCCACUCAGGAAGAAUCUAAAAAAAUAAAUGUCAUCAAUAAAGAGACUGUCCACAAAAUUUGUUCAGGCCAAGUUGUUUUGGAUCUUGCUGUUGCUAUAAAAGAACUAGUUGAAAAUAGUUUGGACAGUGGAGCAACAUCUGUUGAUGUCAAAUUAAUUGAUCAUGGAAAAUCUUGUAUAACUGUAUCAGACAAUGGAAGUGGUGUACUUGAAUCAGACUUUGAGGGUCUAGGUCUUAGACAUCAUACAUCAAAAUUACGUGAUUUUUCUGAUAUAUUUGAAGUAUCAACAUUUGGCUUUCGUGGUGAAGCAUUGAGUUCAUUAUGCUCAUUAUCAGAUGUAACAAUAAUAACAAAUAAUAGCAAUAAUAAACAUGCAUAUAAAUUAAAAUUUGAUAAAAAUGGUAAUCUUGAAAAAAAAGAUAUUUGUGCACGUGAAAUUGGUACAACAGUUAUUGUUAAAAAUAUAUUUAAAAAUUUACCAGUUAGAGCUAAAGAAUUUCAUAGAAAUAUUAAAAAAGAAUUUUCACGUGCUGUACAAAUAUUAUAUGGUUAUUGUUUAGUAUCAACUGGUAUUAAAAUAACAUGUACAAAUACAAUUGAUGGUAAAACGACAAAUAAAAUUGUUGGAACAAAUAGAUCAAAUAGUGUAUUGGAUGCAAUAUCAAUAUUUGGUAGUAAAACAUUAGUUGGCAUUGAUAAUGUUGAUAUUUGUCAGCCAGAUGAUGAUAUUAUUGAAGAAUUUAAUUUACCAAAUGAUAUUGUUAUUGAUUUUAAAUGGAAUUUUUUAACAAGUAGCUGUGAACAUGGAAUGGGACGUGCAUCACCUGAUCGUCAAUUUUUUUUUGUCAAUGGUAGACCAUGUAAUAUAUUAAAAAUUGCCAAAUUAAUUAAUAAUAUUUAUCAUAAAUUUAAUAAUAAACAAUAUCCAUUUGUUUUUAUUAAUUUAUUGCUGAAUCAGUUGAAUACUGAUGUUAAUGUUACACCAGAUAAACGUACCAUUUUUUUAACACAAGAAAAAUUAAUUUUAGCUGUUAUUAAAAUGAGUUUACUUAAAAAAUGGCAAAAAAUGCAAGGCAAUUUUAAAAGUCAAACACUUGAACAGCUACAGUAUACAUUGAAAAGAAAUUUAACAUCACCAUCUAGAGAAAAUACUCCACCACAAAAAAAAAAGAUGAUUCAAUUAAAACAACAUGUUAAUGAUGCUGAUAAUGUUGAUGAUUCUGGCAAUGCUGAUGCUACUGAUGUUGAUAAUAAAAAUAAAAUAGAUGAAAUUUAUUAUGAAAAAUUACCUGAUUCAGAAAUGAAAAUAAACAUUGAUAUAAUAAAAUUAUCAAUGAAAAAAAAAUGCGAAUUAAAUAACAUUGAUAAUAAUUGUAAUAAUAAUAUAAAAUUUAGAGCAAAAAUUGAUCCAAGUAAAAGUUCAGAUGCUGAAAAAGAAUUAAUGAAAGAAUUAUCAACAGAAUCAUUUAUAAAAAUGAAAAUAAUUGGACAAUUUAAUUUAGGUUUUAUUAUAGCUGAAUUAGAUGAUGAUUUAUUUAUAAUUGAUCAACAUGCAACUGAUGAAAAAUAUAGAUUCGAAAAAUUAAAUAACGAAACAAUAUUAAAAACUCAAAAAUUAAUAAUACCAAAAUCAUUAAAUUUAUCAUCAUUAAAUGAAACAAUAUUAAUUGAUAAUCGAAAAUUUUUUGAUGCAAAUGGUUUUACAUUUAAUAUUAAUACAAAUGAUGAUUAUGGAAAAAGAGUUAUGUUAACUGGUAUUCCAGUAAGUGGAAAUUGGCAGUUUGAUCAACAAGAUAUUGAAGAAUUAAUAUUUUUAAUAAAAGAAGGUGGUACUGUUGAUGAUGUCAUGAUGAAUCAAGAUAAUGGUAAAAUAUUAAGACCAAGUAGAGUACGCCAAAUGUUAGCAUCAAGAGCAUGUCGUGGUGCUGUUAUGAUUGGAACCAACUUGAAUCAUUCAGAAAUGAAACGUUUAAUUAAUCAAAUGGGAGUCAUGAAAAAUCCAUGGAAUUGUCCACAUGGAAGACCAACAAUUAGACAUUUAAUAUCAUUAAAAUUAUUAUAA